GCCACAACGUGCGGGAGUUCGUGAAAGUUUAGCAAUCGUUAUUAGUCAAUGAUGUCGGGGCGUUGUGCACUCGAAUUGAAAGCCAAUAACUCGCCAGGACUGCCGCCGCGGCAGUGACAAGAUGGCCAACUGAAAGGCUCGAAAGCGCGAGACCCGAAAAAAGCGAGCCAAAAGCAGCAACCAGCCACCAAGUGAUGGCCUCCUCCACAUCCUCUGCGCGUGUGAACAGCAAAGCAGCCACAGCCGCCAUCGGCGCCGCCACCACCACCGCUCCCGCUGCCUCCUCCUCAUCUCCUCCCGUUUCCGGUUCCGCCUCCUUGGGAGGAGCUGGCUCUCCCGCUCCUUCUGCCACUUCCGCCGCGCCAGCUGUGACCCUCAGCGAACUGAUUGGCCAGCAGCUGAAGCACCUGAAUCCCGAUGAGCUGCUCCACAAGGACGAGCUGCAGCUGCUCGUGCUCCUAACGCCCGUGCAGCGCCAGAAGUUGAGCCGCGAUCUGGAGGAUGUCGAGCUGGGGGCCAGCACUUCGUCGGCGGCGCCACUUUCCCGUCCCGAAAACGGCGAGGAGGACGAGGACCUGAUUGGGGCGGUGGGCGGACUGGGGAUUUCGUCACCACCCGCGACCAAGGAGCCACUGCUGGAAUUUAGGCCACACGUACUCAAAUGGUUUCAACAUCUGCGCCACCAAUCGGGCCACUUCAAGUCGGAGGAGGAGUCGCGUCGUCUGCGGGAGGCUGGCAACGACUCGUACCGCAAGGAGCGGCACCCGCUCAAGGCCAGCGAUCUCUUCACGGAGGCCAUCUUCCUGGCCCCCGCCCGGAACACGCUGGCAGCCGCCCUGGCCCACGCCAAUCGCUCCCUGGUCCUCUUCGAUUGCGGCCUUUACGCGGAAUCCUACGACGACUGCCUGUGCGCCCUGGACCUGGGCUACCCGGAGGAGUACUUGCCAUUGAUUAAGCUGCGCCAAGCCGCCUGUGCCUUAAAACUGCGCAACUUUGCGCUCUGCGAGGAGCAUCUGCACGAGCUCCUGCACAUCGAACUGAACCAGGUGUUCGAAGCGAGGACCCACGAGCUGUGGCACCAGUGCGAGGUGCUCAAGGUGGAGCGCUUCGAGAUGGCCGUGCAAACGGGCGACGACCUGGAUACCAACGAUUCGAAAGCCUUCGAAAUUGCCUGGUUGGACAACUCAUCCUCGCUGCACACCACCCGGGCGUUGGCCAAGAAUGCCCUGAUCUUCGAGUCCGAGGCGGUGGCCAUGGUGCCCAGCGGCAAUUGCCGGGUGUGCGACCACUGCGGGAUCACCCAGUUCAUUCCUUUCCCCUGCAUUUACUGCUCCAACCGCCAGGUGGUCUACUGCUCCCGCCAGUGCCGCUUCAAGCACGCCGCCAUCCACGCGGUGGAGUGCUUUGGCCACCAGAUCGAGCUGUUCGAGUCCUUCGGCGAGGUCUUUGCGAUGCCGCGACUCCUGCAGCUGGCCUUCCGGAUGCUGAUCAGCGGGCUGCCGGAGAUGCUGGGCCACUGCCGCAAGAAGCCCACGCUGAGCAAGCUCUGGGCGGCCAUCAAUGGUGGGCUGCAGGAUCGGCCGGACAUCGCCUACAGUGCCGUCCUCCGGUUGGAACGAUUGAAGGAGGAGCGGCCCACGGACACGGUGAUUGCCCUGGCCCUCUCCUGCCACAUCCUGGCCAUUUACCUGAGCAAGUGCACCAAGUUCUUCGAGCAGCUGGAGAAGAGCCUGCCCACGGCCUCCCGCAUGUCCAGCGCCGAGUGGGAGCUGCUCUGCGCCGCCCUGCUGAUGCGGCACAUUGGCCAGUUGCGCCACAGAUCGCUCACCGCCUGCCGAUCCUUUGUCCUGCCCGCUGAUCCCCACGUCUUCUCGCCGCUGAACGAGUUCCAGCUGUGGGCCGCUCCCAUGCGCCUCCAGGAGGGCCACCUCCAUCUGCUAGCCGGCGAGGUGGCCGUCGUCUCGUACGCCGUCUACCCGGACACCAUGAGCUUGUGCCGCCACAGCUGCUCCUCCACAAUCUGCGCCAAGUUCUCCGGCCGCAAGGUGACCGCGCUGGCCCUGCUGGAUCUGCCGGCGGGAUCGGGGAUCUACAACUGCUUCGCCGGCGGCAACUUCCAGCAGUUGUCGCGGGAGGAGCGCAGCAAGCAGCUCCAGGAGCGCGGCAUCAGGUGCCACUGCAACGCCUGCCAGAUGGCGAACGCGGAAGAUGAGUUCCACAAGUUUCAUCGCUACCGUUGUGAUAACCCAAAGUGCAUGGAAAUCUUCACUCCCAAGGCGCUGCCGCACGCCCCAAAUCUGCGCUGGUGGCUCUCCGAGGAGUACACCCAGCCGGAGUUCAAUGGCGCCGAGCUGAUCCAGUGUCCCCACUGCGGGGAGUUCCAGAAACUGGAGUGGUACUGGGCCUUCACCACGUCCCUGAUCGACUGCGAGCUCAUCGAGGAGCGCUGCAAGCUGUACGCGGCCAUCGAGCGGGCCGAGAACCAACUGAUGGAUCUGCACGAGUGCAAGACGGCUUUGGCCAGGCUCCUGCUGGAGCAGUGCCUCAUGGUGCACCGUGAGGGGGCCACCGUGCUGGACGACUGGGAGUUCAACAAGCUGGGCUCCAUCCUGCGGUCCGUACUGCCCGGGGUCAUGGCCCAGUUCGGGGGCCAGUCGAUCGAGUACGUGAAGUACUUCUCGUACUUCUGGGACGUGAUGGCCCUGAGCAACUACAAGUGCAACGACCGCGAGCUGAUGCAAAUGCUUAACGCCUUGGAGUUCAUCGCCGACGAGUUCAAGGACAUAUUCAUCAACUACUACGAGGACUAUAUUGCGCCCAAAUUCGCCGAAGAGUCCUAUGGCAGCGUCGUAGAUACGCAAGUUUAGAGCAAACGAGCAAACCGAAACAAUGAAACCGAGCAAGUUAAAUAAACUUAGAUAUAUUUUACCCUGUAGCGAAAUGAAAAGAGCAGAAAACGAAAAACACCCACAAAAACUUCUAGGAAAAUUCUAUUGUUGACCCAUACAAAACCAUAAAUGCAUAUAUACUUUGUGCUAUUAUUAAAAAAAAUGGUGCUGAGAUAUUAAAUUGUACGAAACGAAUGUUACAUUCAUUUAGGUGAUUAAGUCAAGGCGAAUAGCGUGCGAGAGAAAUCAAACGAUCAUAUUAGUAGAGUCAUAUCAUGCACACAUUAUGUUCAUAUCACACCUAGGAAAUGAUUAACUGAUUGAUUAUAUAGCAAAUGACUUUUUCAUUAUGCAUUGCGAGCAAUAUUUAUGAAUUAACAAAGCUAAAGUGGAACCCUCUGGAGUGCCCACUGUGUGGCUAUCUAGGAUAAGGAUAACUAAAAUUUAGUCAAAUUGAAAUCGAACCCCGAACCCAUGAUCCUAGUGGUCUAUACAGUGAGCACUGCCGAAGUGGGAAGCUUGAUCGGUAGAUAGGCCGAAGCAAGUCUAAGUGUAAGCAAUAAUUUAGCUUCUGAGAAGCUUCUACCUAAGUGUAGCCACUGAUCUCGAUUGUUUGCCAGGAACACGACGAAUUGUUUUAUCCACUGAAGAGCCCCUACUCAAUCACCUACAUACAUACAGUGGCUCGCAGCUUAUUUCGUGCAGUUACCUAAAAAAAGUUUAAGUCGUUAUUCCAGCUAAACUAUAAGAGAUAACAGAAAAAUUUUAAUGCAGAAUCUUAUUAGGGAAUAUUAACUUAUUUAUUAAAUGAAAGCGAUUUUCUUAAUCAUAAAAACAAAAAUAAUUAUUUAAUAAAAACAAAAUGUACAGGCUUUUUCCAUGCCGCAGCUUAUUUCGUGCAGUAGCUUCUACGUAACUUAAUAUUUGUAAUUUAACCGCUAAUAUUUAGUGUGUCCUCCUUUCUGGUUCAGGACGACUUUGAGACGAUUUUUCAUGGAUGAAACUAGCUUUUUAGUUGUUUCCACUGGAAUUUUUUGCCAUUCUUCCAUAAGAACAGUUUUUAGGUCGUUUUUGUUCGAAAUCUUCCUCUUCCUUAUAGCAAUGUCCAAUAUUUCCCAUAAAUUUUCAAUCACAUUCAAAUCUGGAGACUGUGCUGGCGUUAUAACGACAUGAGGGCAAUUCCAGAUAAGCCAAGACUUCGCAAUUUCUGCUGAAUGCUUCUGAUCGUUGUCCUGGUAAAAUCGAAAACGAUCGCGCAUGCCGAGUUUUUCAGCAGUUUCCAGUAGGUUAUCCUUUAAAAUGUUUAAGUACAUUUUGGCAUCCAUGAUGCCAUCAAUAAAAAUGAGGUUACCGACGCCAGAGGCUGCCAUACAGGCCCAAACCAUGACGUGACCCCCGCCAUGCUUGACCGUAGGUUUCAGGUGCUUAUUUUCCAACUCUGUAUUUGGUUGCCGCCACACAUACUGUCGUCCAUCUGAACCAAAAAUGUUAAAUUUUGACUCAUCAGCAAAGAUAACAUCAUCCCAGAACGAAAUCGGUAAAUGUAUGUGUUGCUUUGUAAACUUUAGCCGAGCAGCAAUAUUUUUCUUGCUGAUAAAGGGCUUCUUCCGUGCUACUCGACCAUUGAAGUUAUGAUCGUGCAGCACACGACGCACCGUAUCAGGACUACACUUCUUGCCCAUUUCGUCCUCGACCUCUGAAGCUAUUUUUGGGGCCGAUAGCUUGGGGUUUUCCUUAAUUUUCCGGACAAUACGGCGCUCUUCAUGAUCGUUGAAAAUUUUAUUAGGAGCUUUUCGGCCUUUAUCUUCAAUGCGGUUCUCUCGGACAAACCAUUGGAUGAUGUAUUGUACAGUACUGGGACUUAGGGACACCAUUUCUCCAAUGACCCGCUGACUUUUUCCACUUAUAAAGUGUUUAAGCACAAGUUCUCGCUGCUCAAUGGUUGUGCGUGGUGCCAUUUCGGUAAUUCCCCUGUAUCUCUUUAUUCAAGUGUGACCAAGCUCAAAAUUUCAUAAAAUAUGUAUUUGUUAGUAUUUUAAAUAAUCAAAUAAUAAAAAAAAACUGUGAUUUUUAAGACUAAAUAUUAAAUGUUUUGGCUUUAAACAUACUGCACGAAAUAAGCUGCGGCAUGGAAAAAGUCUGUACAUUUUGUUUUUAUUAAAUAAUUAUUUUUGUUUUUAUGAUUAAGAGAAUCGCUUUCGUUUAAUAAACAAGUUAAUAUUCCCUAUUAAGAUACUGCAUUUAAAUUUUUCUGUUAUCUUUUUUAGUUUAGCCAGAAUAACGACUUAAACUUUUUUUAGGUAACUGCACGAAAUAAGCUGCGAGCCACUGUAUGUAUUUGCUUGCCAUCGGGCAGCCUGACUGUAAGCUUUUAAUGCUUAAAAAUCAGAUAGGAAUCAAACGCAAUCACUGCAGAAACCAAAAAACAAAGAGGAAAACCACAAGACAACAAACGAACAAAUGAACAACUUAAAUUAAUGGAUACUCGAGUUAUAUGAACGAACAAGUGUUUUUCAAACCUCGCCUUAAUUUUUUAAAGUGUUUUGAAGUACGGUAAAGAUAACGAAGUCAGAAAACAGAAAAACAACAGCAACACGCACUGAUACUACAGCAUAGGCAGGCAAAAUUCACACCGACACGCCCACACACACGGACACACAAUCAGACACGCGAUUCUAUAUAAAUAACUAAAUACAAAUUACAACAAGAUACUCAAACAACUUCUAGCAGCUAUAAACAAAUGCAAUAAAUUCUUUUUAACAACAAA